CUCGCCAUCAUUAUUUUGUGUACCAUCGGUUAAAACACACGUUCAUGUUCAGCGAUUUUAUGCGGGAGUGCAAAACUAAUCUGGAAGAGCUCCAACAAUUACAGCGACAACAACAACAGCAGCAUCAUCAGCAAUAAGCAAAGCAGCAGAAAAUUUUAACACGUUGACGGGUUUUUAGUGUUUAUCGCGAGCGGAAAAGCUUAAUUAGCGAGUCUUUUUUCUUGGUCUUGCGUCUUUAAGUGUGCGUGCCAAAAAUUUAAUACGUCAUCGACGCGCGCAUCGUAAAAACUGACCAAAAAAUCAACACAAACGCUGAUACAUACAAGCCAAACGAUUGAAUUCAAUUGCAGGAGCAACAAAAACAAAUUGAGGGAAAAUUCCACAACGCACAGCAACAGCAACUUGAAUUAAUUAACUUAUUGUUAUUAUAGCAUUCUUCUUGACUUUGCUUUGCCAUUCGCAGCGAAACGCCGAAUACACACAAAAAGAACGUGGAAAAACAGCUGAGAACGAGAGUAACGGAAUAUCAAGCAAAGCAACAAGUGCAGCGACAGCAACAAUAACAAUACCAAUAACAACACAAAGCCCUUUCCAAUUGAGAGAAAGAGAGUGUACGUGUAUGUGUGAGCACUUCAACAAGACAAGCACUUUGUUGUUGCCACAAUCAAUUUGAGUGAUAGCAGCGACGUCAACAGAGAGCCAGCAGCGCAGCAGCAGCAUCCGCAUCAAUUUGCCAGCAUCUUCGGCUUAAUUCCGAAAAGUGAUCCCGUUCCCGUGCCGCCCCCGUCGUGAUCGCAACUCGGGCACUCGGCCCGCGAUCUUUUUUCAGCGCUCGUAUUGGUGACAACCCAGCAGCGACGUCGUCUUGAUUGGAACGGUUUUUAUUCCUUCCAUCGCAUCGCAUAGCACUUUUUUGAUUCCGAAUUCUGGUGUAUCUGUAGUUUCCCGCUAACGGCGAAAAUUCACACAACUCAUUGAUAUUUUAACCUCGUGUCCGCGUUGGCUGCCGCUCGACCAAGGUUCUGCCGCACAAAAUGCUCGUCUCUUUGGGCUUUUCGAAGCCUAGCUUCGUCGGACUAAAAGUGCUCCUUUAGCACGCUCGCCAGAGUCCGGCCAUCAGAAAGUAAAUCCAAAACUAUAUAUUUAACCCAUUGAAUUGGCAGCCAAAGUUAUCACCAACCACCGAAUCCGAAACCGUAACGUACCGUUAUCGUUAUCGCAAAACAGAAUCCACAGAUAAAAAACGUUCCGUUUUGUCGUAAAUACAGUGCUAAAUCGUGUGAGGCAAAGAAAAAAAAAAAAACUCGAAAAAAAAAACCCUAAUUCGCCUAAUGAAAGACGAGAGCAUUUUGUGAAUAAUUAGCCCCAACAAAAAACCUGUUCGCUGCCGCAAAAAUUAGGCCCCUAAUAAAAAAAGUGACGAUCCAAGAAACUGGCAUCUCGCCCAGCUUGAUAUAUAACACCCCAACACAAACGUAAAGACCGCGAUAACACCCAUACAAAAAAAAAAAAAAACAAAAAAAAAGAGCGAAAAUCAAGCGAAUCAACUUCACAGUAACGUCGCAAAGUCAGUGCAAGCCAGAGCUAAAUCGUCGAGCAAACCGAGUAGUUGUGUCUAAAACCGUUGGUCUAAUCCAUUGUUGAAUCGCAAAAAAGUUAAAAAAAAAAAAAACACCACCACAAUCGUCAUCAGUGAUAUCAGUAUCAGUAUCCAGCCUUAAUAACUGCGGAAUAAUGUCAGCCUUCUGACAGUGUCUUAAAAACAAGGAAAACCCACAGCUAUAUAGCACCAUUGAUAAUCCUAUUUUUGGAAUCGAACCCCUACAAGUGUCCACAGCUUUAACUACUAAUUGGAAUGUUGUCGCAUAUCUGACAGUGACUAAAUAAACACCCAAAAACCAACCCCCAAAUAAAUCCAAACAGAAAACUCGAAAGCAGAGAACUUCAAAAGCAUUGUGAGGAAAUCGCCUAGGAAAACAGUCGCGAAGCCUGUGCUAUCAGUUACAUAUAUAUAUACAAUAUUCGAUUCGAGCGUAAACAACUGCUAUAUAAUGUCCGUCGCCAUCUGACAGUGGUCCAAACAACCAGCAAACAGAGCUAGAGACAGCGUCGUAGAAUCGCCGCCGUUACACAAGUCUUACUAGUGCCAGUGAGACCUGUACCAAAUAACCAACCAAUUUGAACUUGCAACUCGGGAUCACCGAUUCAGAAAUAAAUGGAGAAAUCUGAAAUACGACUGCAGCACAUGUCUAAUGAAUAUCAGUCGAAAUCGAGCUAUAUGUAUCUCCGGACCAAAAUGCUGUUAAAAAUCGAAAAUACCCUACUUCGAAGCCAUCGUCAGCGUGAGACCACCGGUAUCAAGAAACUAUACAAUUCGUUUUUCGUAUUGUUUUAAUUUGCCCCCGGGCCAACCCCCGCCGAAUCCCCCCGGAAAAGGCCCUAAGAACACAUUACGCACAACGCAACAAUUCCAAUUCCACUCAAUUGUGAGCCAAGUUAGAAAAGUUACAAAAAAGCAAGUUAUAAAUGUUUUACCUAUAUUAAAUAUAUAUGAAUAAACUAGAGAUAUUAUUUGGUUGUUAGUAGAACUCACGUCAAGUGCAUAUUGUUAGACAUCGUAUAUCCAAGUGCUGUGCGACGAACGAUUUGAUUAAGUGUGUCAUAUGAGCAUUUUGAACAAGCCAAAAUGUUAACCUAAGCAAAUAAGCCGUAAGUGUCAGUCGAUCAAUAACAGUUUCUACUUCGAAUAUUACUAUUACCAUCAAUCCAACACUUUUGUUGCAUUUCGCGUUGCACCAAAAAACUUGAGCAAAAUUGCUGGCGAAAGGACUCCGGUCGGAAGCGGCAUUUCGUUUUUCGGGGGAAUCCAAUAAUUCAGGCGGCUAUAAAAUAAAUAAACAAAAAAAAAAUCAAGGACUAAAAGAGAACAGAACGCGAUUCCAACGCCGUUAACUCACUUACCGAAUGGCGCUUUCGUUUCUUUCUCAAAACUCCGGUCUGUUGGAUUUACAAAGCAUAUUUGAUCCACAAUAUUCUCAUCAUCAACAACAACAACA